UUAAAUCGAAAUUUAAUUCGUAAUCUGACACCCGAAAGAAUCCACAACGCGAAAACGCGGAACCACACCGAGUGGCCGUCGCCGCUCGCCGUACCGCCGCGACUACGGGAAGACGGCUGGGGCUCAAUCUCCGCGUUUGUAAACUCGCGAUCCUGCACGAGAGGGAACCCCCAUUGGGUUUGAUGGUCUAAGUCUCUAAGACGACGGUGGUGGUGGAUGGUCAUGUUGAUGGUGAUGGCGGUGAUUAUGAUGAUGAUGCGUAAGGAGAACGUGCGUCUCGCUGUUCUCGUCGCCUCCUUUCACGCCGCCAGAGGCCAAGGCCACGCUGCAGGAGGAGCAGGUGAGCUUUGGGACAAGCUGGCGCUGUGGCUGGGCUCUGAGAGGCACUUGCGCUUCUGCCUCUGCACCGUGCUGCUCGCCACCCUGGUGCUGUGCGCCGUGGUGCGGCACGUACAGAGGAAGCCGCAGGACACCGGGCCUUCGCCUGGGGCCACCGUCUCACCGAAAGUGGCCGUCGUGGGGAACGGCCACAUCGCCACGGGUGGUCCAGAUCCCCACAGCGGGCCUGUCCACGUCUACUUUGGCUCUCAAACAGGCACAGCCAAGAGGCUCGCCAAGCUGUUGGCUGAGGAGCUCGGCUGCCUGGGAUUUACGAGUUCCGUCAGCGACCUGCGGAGCUUCGACCCCGAGGACAGCCUGUUGGAGGAGGCCGCUGGCGGUGCCGUGUGCGUGUUCGUGGUGUCGACGUACAGUGGGGGGGCGCCCCCCGAACCCGCCGCCUGGUUCUGCAAGUGGCUCGAGGAGGCGGCGAGCGACUUCCGCUACGGCAAGACGCACCUGCGGGGAGUCCGCUACGCCGUGUUCGGCCUCGGAGACUCCGUCUACCAGGAGCACUACAACACGGUCGGCAAGAACAUGGACAAGUGGCUGUGGCAGCUGGGGGCUCGGCGCGUGCUGCCUCGUGGCGACGGCGACUUCAACGUGGUGCGCAGCCGGCACGGCAGCGCCGACGCCGACUUCGAGGCGUGGAAGGGCCACCUCGUGUGCCGCCUGCGGGCCCUGGCAGAUCCGGGCACCGCCGCGGGGGCUGGGGUCGGCGGUCAGCAGCGUCAGCGCUCGGACAGCGAGGGGUCCUGUCGCGACGAGGCCUCCGAGGAGUUUGAGACAACGAGCGAGGAGGAAGGGGGGACCGCGGACGCUGCUGACCUCGUCGACGUGGAAGACCUCGGGAGAAUUGUGACGGAGGCCAGGAGGUCCCAGGCUGGAGGAGCGGGCGAUGUUGGGGUCGUUGCGAGCACGAGGAGGAGGAGGGUGGCCGCGGGCAAGGGAAGGGCGACUUCCACGGAGGAGCCGCGAGAGAUGAUCACCCCCGCGCUGCGGGAAGCCCUCACCAAGCAAGGAUACCGCCUCAUCGGGACACACUCGGGCGUCAAGCUCUGUCGCUGGACCAAGUCCAUGCUGCGGGGCCGUGGUGGCUGCUACAAGCACGCCUUCUACGGCAUCGAGAGCCACCGGUGCAUGGAGGCCACGCCAAGCCUGGCCUGCGCCAACAAGUGCAUCUUCUGCUGGCGGCACCACACGAACCCCGUGGGGACGGAGUGGCGCUGGAAGAUGGAUCCGCCCGAGCUCAUUCUGCAGGAGGCGCUGGAGAACCACAUGGCCAUGAUCCGCCAGUUCAAAGGCGUGCCGGGCGUGAGGCCGGAGCGCUUUCAGGAGGGGCUGGUGGCGCAGCACUGCGCCCUCUCUCUCGUGGGCGAGCCCAUCAUGUACCCCGAGAUCAACCGCUUCCUGCGACUGCUGCACCGCCGCGGCCUCUCCUCCUUCGUCGUCACCAACGCGCAGUUCCCCGACGAGAUCCGGACACUGGAGCCGGUGACGCAGCUGUACGUGAGCGUGGACGCUAGCACGCGCGAGAGCCUGCGCAGGAUCGAUCGCCCGCUCUUCAAGGACUUUUGGACACGCUUCCUGGACAGCUUGAGGGCUCUGUCCGAAAAGGGCCAGCGCACUGUGUACCGUCUCACGCUGGUGAAGGCGUGGAACGUGGAGGAGGUCACCGCGUACGCCAACCUGGUUGCUCUCGGAAAUCCCGAUUUCAUCGAGGUCAAGGGCGUGACGUACUGCGGUGAGAGCUCGGCCAGCAGCCUGACGAUGGCGAACGUGCCGUGGCACGAGGAGGUGGUGGGCUUCGUGCGGCAGCUGGCCGCGAUGCUGCCCGACUACGAGCUGGCGUGCGAGCACGAGCACUCCAACUGCCUCCUGCUGGCGCACAAGCGGGUACGUGCGCCGAGCGGCGUGUGUGGACCGGGCUGGGUUUUGUAUGUGUGUGUGCGUGCACGUGCCUCACCGAUAGUACGGACCCGGCGGCCCGAGUUCGAUUCCUGCUCACGGUCGUUGUAA